AUAAAUGGUGAUUUCGCCUCACAGGGAGCCAACAGUUACGGGCAGCUCGGACAGGGACACAGGGAAGAUCAAGCCGAGCCGCGGCGUGCAGACGGCGGCCUGCAGGCGGAGCACACCCGCUGUAUGACCGGAGGAGGCGGACAUUCCGCUGUCAUCACGGAAUCAGGUGAGCUGCUGAUGUGUGGACAGAACCUCAAAGGUCAACUAGGGCUCAGUCACACGUCAGAGGUCAUAACCUUUCAGCCCUGCCCUUUGCCUGGGUGCUCAAGAGUUCAGCAGGUGUCCUGUGGUUGGGACUUCUCCGUUAUUCUGACUGGUGACGGUCAGGUCUUGGUGUGCGGCUCCAAUGCAUUUGGACAGCUGGGCGUCUCGCCAGGAAUAACACACUCAGCAGAACCUUUACACGUGAAGACCCUGAAUGAGCCGGUAACUAGUGUGGCUGCAGGGCUCAGACACGCAUUAGCAAGUACAGCAUCAGGUUGUGUUUAUCAAUGGGGAACUGGCCUGUCGAGUCACGCUAAGAGAAUGUUAAGUCCCCAUCCUGUUCCUGCGCAUCUAUCCUCUAAGGAGCCUUGCCUUGUCCCGGGGUUUGAUCACGUGACCCCACAGAAGGUAGUUGCAGGCUCCACCCACUGCAUUUGUUUGACAGUCAAAGGUGACGUGUUCCUCUGGGGAAGCAAUAAACAUGGUCAGCUGGUCAGCGAGAGCCUCUUCUUGCCACUUCCUGUGGCUCUGGAUCGAUCUCUGUUGCAGGACGAGAGAGUGACUGACGUUCACAGCGGCUGGACUCAUCUUGUCGCAAAAACUGAGAGUGGGCGGGUCUUUACAUGGGGCAGAGCAAAUUACGGACAGCUAGGACAGACCAAUCAGAGUACAGAAAAAGAGUAUGACGUUUCAACAAGCUCUGGCCAAAGUAUAAGCCGCCCCAUUGAGGUUAAAGCUUUAUUUGGAGCAACACAGAUUGCAUGUGGAUCUGAACACAACCUGGCUGUUGUGGGGGGUCAGAUUGCCUCCUGGGGCUGGAAUGAACACGGAAUGUGUGGAGAUGGUUCCCUCUGUGACGUCACACAACCGCGGCCAAUCCCCCGUUUCAGAGACGCCACGACUCUUCUGAUUGGCUGUGGAUCAGGACAUUCAUUGGCACUAUGCAAUUUGAAGAGCAACGAGGAUUCAGCAAGCUGAACAG